UGUACAAGUCCCUUCUUCUAUGUGCUUUCCUUAUAGUAACUUAAGCUGGACAUGUUAGAAAGUCUCAUUAACCUUGGUGAUUCAGAUUAUCAUAUUAAUUCUAAGGAAGCUUGUACGAUGUCAUCACUUAGAUAGAACAUUGGGCACAAAUAAUUUCAGAUGAAAUUCAACAUUAAUCAUAAGCAAAGAAGAAACAUCCAUCCUUAGUCUAAACUAAUGAAUAAUAUAUACCUGGAGUUGUUGGUUAAAUUACUGAUUUAUCCAAUAAUGUUGGAAUAUAUUCAUAUACUGUUACCGAUAUAAAUGGAAAUAUUCUUGAAUAAGAUGCAGGUGAUCAUUUACCUAAGUAAUUUUAUAAUGCUUAUUUACAAAUGACAUAAGAAAUUGAAAAAGGACCUGCCAUGAUUAAAUUAUAAACUGAUUUAGAUAACAUUAUUAGACUAGAUCAAUUAGAAUAAGAGAAAAAGGAACAAUUAUAAACUUAAGCACUUGAACGAAC